AGUUAGGAAACCGCUACACGCGCUACACGUGGUGAUCGUGGUGAUAAGUAAUCAGAGAACAUAAUUGCUAUUCAACAAAUUUUAAUCUACCUAAAACUGAAUAUCACAGGCAUAUUUGAACACUAUUUGUAUAGAUAUAAACAUCUGUAACUUCGCAUAUCUCUUAAUAGAUUGAUUUCACAUGAUGACUGUCGGCAAUCGUAGGUUAGGAGUCUUGGAUUACAAAAACAAUAAUUAAUAAGAAAUACGUAAUUGUUAUUACACAAGUCACGGGCCUACAGAUUGUUUAUAAUUUCCGGUCGAAUGGAUAUCAGAGAAAGUAGAGGAUUUUAUGAUCUAUGCGUAAACGUUUCAAAGAACGAUCCAAAAGACUUGAUUUCCCUUUUAUCAAAAUUACACGAAUACGAAUUUCGAACGAUAGCAAUAAACAAUGACAUAGACGAAAAUGUAUUUGGAACGGACAAGAAAAAGAAAAAAAAGAGUGAGGAGAGUGAAGCCUCGCACGGUAUCGUUUCUGAACCGUUCGACAUAGAGAGCUUACAAAAAGAAUUUAAUGGAAAGUUGAAGAUCCUCAGUCGGAUCACUUUCCACUGUUCCGACGCCGCGAAGACGCAUAUGCUGAAUCACAAUUCGAACUUGAAGAAGUAUGACCUGUACGCGUUCGCGCCAAAAACGCAAAGUGCCAUGCAGUUUGCCUGUACUCAAUUAAACGUGGAUAUAAUCACGUUAAGACCGAGUUCGAUGACUUUUAAGCUUACGAAGAAACUGUACGAUCAAGCGAUCGAGAGAGGAGUUCAUUUUGAGAUUCAAUACUCGGAUUUAAUAAACACGGAAUCCAGGAAACAAGCCAUUCAUUAUUCUCAUCUUUUUUAUACUUACGGAAAGAGCAAGAACGUAGUAAUAUCCAGCGGUGCCAGUGAUAUUUGGACAAUCAGGAAUCCUUACGAUCUCAUAAACCUUGCACGUUUGCUCGGUUUAAACGAAGUUAAAGCGAAAGCUUCGAUACUGCAUCAAUGCAAAAGUCUCCUUUUGCGGGCAGAAAGGAGACGUAGAGGAAAAGCUGCUUUCGUUAUCGUGAACCGGACCGAGGCUGACAUGACUGAAGAGAGUGCGUCGUCUCCGAAAAGAUUCAGAUUAUAAGCAGAAUUUGUAAAUACAUAUAUUUUGUUACCAGUUCGUAUUACAAAUAUAAAUGCUCAUAGAACAUGCAUUUUUCAUUUGUUGCGUCGAAUAGUUUCGUAGUA